CUGGAGCGCACAUGAGCUUUAGUGCGGAGCCACCUGCACCGGCCCAGGCUGGAGAGUUGGACAUGGCUGGGUUUUGCGAUGUCCUGGGCUCCUGCUCGGUCCCGCACAGCCUGACUCGGGCAGUCGCCCAUGCCCCGGGCUACGGCCGCGGGGAUCUGGGCUCUGGCCGACGCCUGUGGGCGAACUCGACUUCCCUCAGCCCUGCGCCUUAUGCGACGGGACCGGGACCGGCUCCACCCUACGCUGCAGCAGCCCUCGCCACCCCGGGCUCACUGCUCGGCCCUGCAGGUGGCCUGGCAGGCGCUGAUCUGGCAUGGCUGAGCCUGUCGGGGCAACAGGAGCUGCUGAGGCUGGUACGGCCACCCUACUCCUACUCGGCGCUCAUCGCCAUGGCCAUCCAGAGCGCACCGCUGCGCAAGCUGACGCUCAGCCAGAUCUACCAGUACGUGGCCAGCAACUUCCCCUUCUACAAACGCAGCAAGGCGGGCUGGCAGAACUCCAUCCGCCACAACCUGUCGCUCAAUGACUGCUUCAAGAAGGUGCCCCGAGAUGAAAACGACCCAGGUAAAGGCAAUUACUGGACGCUGGACCCAAACUGUGAGAAAAUGUUCGACAAUGGGAACUUCCGAAGGAAGAGGAGGCGGAGAGGAGAGACCAGUGUGGCCACUGCGCCUGGAACCAGCAGCCCAGAGGCAACCACAUUGGAGCCCCGUGGCUCAGCUUCCCAAGACACACAGACCUCGCGGUCCCCUCCUGCACCCCAGGCCGGCCCCUGCCUCUCAGGGUUCUCCACUGCAGUGGGCACCCUGGCAGGUGACCUAAGCACCCUCCCUGAGGGCCUGGCCCGUGACUUUCCUUUCCGAAGGCCACCAAGUGCGGCUGCCCACAGUCCCCAGAUCCCUAACACUGCGCAGGGCUUUGCCCCUGGCUAUCAGACAAUGGCUACCAGCUUUAGGGUGGGUCAUCUCGUCCACAGCCGGGAAGGGACUGAAGUUUGAAGGAAGACUGAAGACCGGCCAGGUGUUCUGUUCUAACAUAGAGUUCAGGUCCGGAAUCAAUCUCUCCUGGGUUUGCCACCGGUGCCGCAGAGCGCCUGGGUGGAGCUGAGCUGAGGCAGUGCAGCUUGCUGUGAUCCCUUCACCCAGGGGACUAGCCACUCUUGGGCUUCCGGGGCUCCGCCUGUAAAUCCAGCCCUGGGCUCUAUAACAGCGCUCCAGAGAGAGGCUUUAAGCCUUAAAAGGGUGACAGGUUGGCACUCUGCUCCAGCCUUUCCUAAAGAAGCCAGGAGGAGGUCUCCAGUCUCCAGAGAGUUGUCUUGGAGCUGGUCAGAGAAGGGGAGGAAGCUAGGGUGCAAGAGAAUCCAGAGGGCCACCUCUGGCUUCCACCUCUGUCCACCUGUUUUAGGGAAGCUAGAGAAUGGGGUGGGGGUGCAGGAACCCCGAGAUGGGGACAGGUAGCUACCUUCCACCCGCAAGAGACUGCACAUUGAGGGGAGUCAGGACUCUUGGGUUUAGGAUACAUGGAAAGAGGGACUUUUUCCAAAUUUAGGAGGUUGGGAAGAGCUGUUUCAGCAAGAAGGAGUCCCUGUGGGCAACAGCUUCCUCCUCUGUCACUGUGCUCCUGGUAUUACUAGUGCCCCUGUUAUAGUUAUAGAACCUCACUGUCCCCAGACCACAAAACCAGUGCCUGGCACCUAGGAAUCCUUGGACAGCUUGGGUUUGCCUUACAACCGCACAUACUCACAAGAGCUCACCUGAGGCAGGUGGGUGGCCACACCUGUUUUGGCUUCUCUCUGAUCUUGCCUCUUCCCCUCCUGGGGAUACUCCCAGGCAAGCAGAAUCCUGAGAACUACCUGCCUUGUGAAUUGAACUCCCUGGUCUCAGUUCUACUUAUAUUAACAGUGACUGGCAUGGAAUUCGAACCUCCAUGCUUUCUGGAGAUCCUGGAGGUCUCAACUAGACAUCAAGAGUCUUUGUGUCAUCUGGCAUUCUCUGGGGAUAUGGACACUGGAGGCAAGGGAUACACACACACACACACACACACACACACACACACACACACACACACACCAUUCCAAGACAGUUAGGAGGGGUACUUUUCCUGGAAGACAGCAAGAGAGGGAACUCUUUUUUUUUUUUUGGUUUUUCGAGACGGGGUUUCUCUGUAGCUUUGGAGGCUGUCCUGGAACUCACUUUGUAGACCAGGCUGGCCUCGAACUCACAGAGAUCCGCCUGCCUCUGCCUCCCAAGUGCUGGGAUUAAAGGCGUGCACCACCAACGCCCGGGGAGAGGGAACUCUUAAGCCAGAUUAAGCUAGCCGUUUAGAGUCCAGCCCCACCUGCACCAACAUGGUGGGUUUGCCUUGAUUAUCUCAAAUCUGCCUGCUGGGCCACGGCUGCUACUGCUCUGAUAUGAGAGCAGUGAUCUUCUGAACCUAUGGGGUGUGCCUUAUGGGGAGCAGGAGCAUGCGGCUUUUGGUUGCUGAGCGCUCUUUCUACCCAUGUGUUCUGUGGUAUCUUAGUUACUGCCAUGAGGAAGUGAUCUGUGUGCGAGUUGGGUGGCCAUGGUAUUGCUUAAUGGAUCUUAGAGUCAACCCACAUUCCCUCUCCAAAUGUAAUGCAACUUUUAAAAUUCAGGGAAAAAUAAAUUAUUUAGAAUAUAA